GAUGCUGCGGCUGCGCUGGGGGCUGGCGGCUCUGAGCUGCGGCCUCGCGGCCCCGGGGAGCGCGGCGUGCGGAGGGCCCUGCCGCCGGCUGCGCUGCGUCCUUAUGAUGGCUGAGGAUCUGAGAGCAGCGGUUGCCAGCCAGCCGAAGAGGCUGAGCAGCAGCAGUGAGGUAGUGGAGAGGAUAGAAGAAAAUGGGCAUCAGAAUAAAAGGUUGAAGAGAGAUGCAGAUGAGGAAGAUGGGGAGGAUCAGAAUAAAAGGUUACCCAAAAGGAAGAUUGUCUUGCUGAUGGCAUACUCGGGGAAAGGCUACCAUGGGAUGCAGAGAAAUGUAGGAUCUUCACAGUUCAAGACGAUUGAAGAUGACUUAGUAUCUGCCCUUGUUCAGUCAGGCUGCAUCCCAGAAAACCAUGGGGAAGACAUGAAGAAAAUGUCUUUUCAGCGGUGUGCUCGAACAGACAAGGGUGUAUCUGCAGCUGGACAGAUUGUGUCACUAAAGGUCAGGCUAAUAGAUGACAUCUUGGAAAAGAUCAAUAACCAUCUUCCUUCUCACAUCAGAAUUCUGGGUCUGAAGAGAGUCACUGGGGGAUUCAACUCCAAGAACAAGUGUGAUGCCAGAACCUACUCCUACAUGCUGCCAACGUUUGCCUUUGCCCAUAAAGACCAUGAUGUGCAAGAAGAGGUUUAUCGACUGGACAAGGAGACCCUUGAAAGAGUAAAUAAACUGCUUGCAUGCUACAAAGGAACACACAACUUCCACAACUUCACAUCUCAGAAGGGACCCAGGGACCCCAGUGCGAAGCGAUACAUAAUGGAGAUGUACUGUGGGGAGCCAUUUGUGAGGGAAAACAUAGAAUUUGCAGUGAUCAAAGUGAAAGGCCAGAGUUUCAUGAUGCACCAAAUAAGGAAGAUGAUUGGGCUGGUGAUAGCUAUUGUGAAAGGCUAUGCUGCGGAGUCUAUCAUUGAGCGCAGCUGGGGAGAGGAGAAAGUUGAUGUCCCCAAAGCCCCAGGACUUGGGCUGGUCUUGGAAAGAGUACACUUUGAAAAAUACAACAGACGGUUUGGAAAUGAUGGGCUGCAUGAGCCACUGGAGUGGACAGAGGAGGAGGAGAAGAUUGCUGUUUUCAAAGAGCAGUAUAUCUAUCCUACCAUUAUCAACACAGAAAGGGAGGAGAAAUCCAUGGCAAACUGGCUAAACACCCUCUCCAUUCAUGACUUCAACUCUUCCGCUGUUGAGACGCAAGCUAACAACAAAACCUCAAAGAACAGCAGCGAUCUUGAUGGCAGUGAUGGUUCUGAUGGUGAUUCUGACUGAGCCAAUAAGUUGCUGAAUGUGGGACCCUUGCUGCUUGCAGCUCCCUGUGUCUACAAAGAAGUGGCCUUUCUAAAUCCAAGAAUCCAGUCAAGCAGGGGUUUGUGUGCUUGCAGAUGAGAACCGGAUGCCCCAGGGAAACCGGGUGGGGAAGACAGUACAGUAGGAAAAAUAAAAGAAGCUUUUUAUACCACUGACUGAUACACUUGAAAAUAGUAUAAAGAGAAAGCAGCAUUCUAAAGGAGUCUUGUACUGCAGGAUAUCUUAACUGCUGUUUGAAUAAUGUUUUUAUUAUAUGUUUACCUGGAAGAUAGUAUUUUAAAUAUGUAUAAUCUCUACAUAAAGAUGGGGCAAAUGAUUUUAAAAUA